AUGUCUACUCCCAAACCAGUUUACCCAGGCAAGACCAUCCUUGCGUCCAAGAUUGCCGCUCAAUACAGCGAUGAAAUCAAGCAGGGCGUCGCUGAGCUCGACUUUAAACCAACGCUCGUGGGGUUUUUGGCUAACGAUGAUCCUGCCGCCGUGAUGUACGCUAAUUGGUCCGCCAAGACCACCGAAUCACUAGGUUUCACCUACAAGUUAAUCCAGUGCGACAAGAACGACUUAGAAAUGCACAUCUUGAAGGCCAACGAAACCCCCUCGGUGCACGGUAUCAUGGUCUACUUCCCAGUGUUUGGAGACCUGCAGGAUCUGUACUUGCAGCAGUGUGUUUCCCCGCAUAAGGAUGUCGAGGGGUUGAACCACUUGUACUACAGAAACAUGUACCACAACAUCAGAUUUUUGGACGAGCAGCAGCAGCAGAAGUCGAUUUUGCCAUGCACGCCUUUGGCCGUGGUCAAGAUUAUGGAGUAUUUGCAGGUCUACAACCCUUUGAUUGACUAUGGUAACAGAUUGUACGGUAAGAAGGUGGUGAUUGUGAAUCGGUCGGAGAUCGUGGGUAGGCCCCUUGCGGCUCUUUUGGCUAACGACGGUGCCACUGUCUACUCUGUGGACAUCAACAACAUCCAGGAGUUCACCAGGGGCAACGAUUUGUCAUUGAGCAGACACCAGGUGAAGCCGUUGGAGGGAACCUCCCAGUUGAACGAACUCAUCUCUGAGGCCGACGUCAUUAUCACCGGUGUUCCUACGGCAGCCUACAAGUUCCCCACCGAAGCCGUCAAGAACGGCGCUGUCUGCAUCAACUUCUCAAGCGAAAAGAACUUCCGGGAGGACAUCAAAACCAAGGCUGGGUUGUAUGUUCCAAAUAUUGGGAAGGUUACCCAGGCCAUGUUGUUGAGAAACUUGCUCAGAUUGAUUGAGAACAAGAAGAGAAGAGAGAAUGCUGUCUAG